CCUUCUCGUGCUAAGUCGAUGGACUACGUGAAAGGGCUUCUCUCCACUAAGAUAAACUUCCCUGCUCGUCAAAAUGGCGAUGACCGAUGUCAUGGAGGAUGUGGAUUACAAGGGCAGGAACUUCAACAUGAACGAGGCUGUCGAUCGCCACCCGCUCUGGAUGACGGACAGCCAUUAUGUCUACCAUCUCUGUUACGAUGACGGCGGCCAUCUUGUUUGUUCCAAAGAUAAAAAUGGUGAUGCUGUCUGCUCACCCAGGUACUUGCUUCAAAUGUGUAUCUCCAAACUGGUGCGUGAUCCGACAACCAUACGGCGUGGACAGGUCCCCAAGCUGCCUACCAGCCUCUACCCCACUGUGCUGAUGGAGGCGAUUUUCCUGCGAGAGUUACAGGCCGUUACUUACCUGGUCUCCACCUGGCCGCUAGAGGUCUUCAAUAUCUACAAUUGUCUGCCCUUGGAAGAGUACAUAGACCCAGGUUACCUGACUGCACCGGUAGACGGCGCUGGUAGCAUGUCCCUCGUGGACAGUAUAAUAUUAGGCAUUUUAACUCUAAGACCAGAGUCGAAGUUAAAUGUCAUUGAUGUAACUGGAUUCGAGACAGACCGGAAGGUUUGCCGUGAGUUAUCCCGCCUGCCGAUCCUGUGGAUGAAGUAUUCUGACAGACGGGCUGUCCGUAUCCACGAAAUGAUCUCACAGACUAUAGACAUUUCCCUAGACAAAGUCCCGUACAUCAAUCGUAUUGGAUGUAUCUACUCCAGCAUGGACAUUUACAUCAAACAUGGUAGUCAAAUAGGUCCCAUCACAGUGAUGUGGGAUUGUAAGAUUACCCUAGACGACGUGCCUAUUGGCCUAGCCUUGCAACAUUACAGCCCCUUCCGGUUUGUCUGCCGGAAGUUGUGGUCCCAGCCAAUCGCAGAAAUCGUCCUUCCGUUCAGAGCUCUUCCACAACUCCUGGAUCCCCGGAAAAUCACUCACGUGGAAUUUGAAGAUCAGGAAUUGUGUUACGAUUUGAGUAAGUUCGAUUCUCUCUUAGAAUGUCUGCUCCUUUUGCCGAAUAUGAUGGCCAUCAGCCUGCCGAAUACAGUCCACGUGGAUGUCCACGAGAACGCGGCCUACGAGCUCAACCUCACCCUCAAGAGCCUCGCCAACUUACAGAAGCUCAACUUGUCCUCGUGCAACCUCAAAGACAACCUUGCCCUGCUCCUGUUUGAUCUCGAUAUUUCAUUGGUCUAUUUGAAUCUACGCGACUGUCGGCUCAGCCAAUCGGAUCUAGAGUUUCUGCUGCAAUGGCCGUCGUCGAGUUGUCUGAUGGAAUUGAACUUGAGCCGAAACAAUCUGAAGUAUCUCUCGGGGACGUGUCUUAGCUUGCUGGACGCCAUGCGCCAGCUUGUAUGUUUCUCUGUGUCUUAUUGCAGCUUUAGCCCAACAGCCCUUCGACAGAUCGUCCAGAAGUGUCAGGAAUGUGAAGACCUAAAGGUUCUGUGCAUCAAGAGCUUCACUCCACCACCCCUUGGGGACAUUCGGGACAUCUUGGAGGACUGCGCCGCUAUUCCUAAGCUUCAGAAAUGCGCGAUACUGCCCGAGGCUUACGCGUUCCCCGGGGGUGAUGAUUACACGCGGACGGUGAACCGGGAGAGACUGGCCAGCCUGUGUUCCCACUUCCUCAUCCACCAACAGCGCCAUGACAUAGAGGUCGAAUGAUCACUCAACUGCGUCCGAGUGCGUGUUUUCACUGUCGUGCAUAAUAUUGAGGACGAAUUAUCAGUCCCGCUUAUGUGCGAUGCGUGUUUUCCUAUUGCGUAUGAAAUCGCGUACGAAUGUUUGGUCCUCCUUACGUCCAGGUGCGUG